GCUCAGCCACAUCGAGGGUUCCCAUUUUGAAUCUCGAUGCUUCCUUCUGAUCGGCCCUUUGUCCAACUCGGCUUGUGGACACUGCACAAACACUAUUUUUGUGAAAAACUUGCUGUCAGUCUUUAUGCAAAGCCCCAGCGAAUAAGACACAAGAUCCAAGCUCGUUUAGUUGCUUGGCUACAAAGACGACACCCUACCUACCAACCCUCCACGAGUUGAUAGAUUUCUUGCUAAUAAGUCAGCUUGCCAGACUCUUGAUCCCUCCAACCCCCCCCAGGUAUGAUACCCCAGUCCAACAGAUUUUGAGGGAGGCCUGAAGGCGAGGACCUGGACUGCAUGUAUGGCUUUCUGCUAUUGUCAAAUUGCCCAUCCUGUGACAUGGAAUUGGUGUUUCUAACAAAUGGGACACGUUUUAAGAUAGGGUCUGCAAAAUAGACGCUAAAACAAAAACACAAGUUGAGACGAUCCAAGUUGAGUUUUCGUGAAGCUAAAAUAGAGCGGUGGCUUAUCAUAGGUCGCGGCUAGAUCUCAGGACCUGAUGAUAGUAGAGCUGAUAUUGGAACAUAGACGCGAUUCUACUCUCGUCUGCCCUGUUUAUUAUCACCCAUCAUCUCCGCCCAGUGAAACACACUUGCUAACGAGGAGUGAUAGGAUUUGAACCUUGAUUAUUUGUUCCGAGACAUUCGUCGUUGAACACAAUGCAUUGAACUCAAAAUACCUAGGUGUACGGAGUAUUGGCCAAACACAAUUCCCAUGGUUGGCCGGCUUUUCCGGCUGGGCUACAACAUAAUGCAUAAUGCGCCGUUAUCUAGACAGGCCAAAGGAUCCUUCUUGCUACUUGAUGAUACUGAGUUUGGUUCUUGCUUUGCUUGGCUCGCCUCCAGAAUCCAGAAAUCAUGCCCGAGUGACUCAAGCUGCAGUUAUCAUGCAAACGAUUUUGAUCUUGCUAGCUGGCUGGCUGGCCGGCUGGCCCAACGACAGCCAUCCUCCAGGUUGGAACGUCAAAAAUACGCCGUUCGUGGAGGAAACAGUAGUUGCAUGACCUCUAUACACUCGGAAUGCUUUCCAUUAAUCACGGCUACUCUCUAUCCAGCCCGUCCCGUUUCAACGGCAACGGUUUCGCCCUGGCAACUUGUUUCCCGAGAACGGGAACAGUGUAGGGCUUAAACUUACACAGGUUGAUCCGACCGCCGCCAAGUUCCAAUGCAUCUGUCAGUGGAAGGUAAUUGGAUCUGCCCUGACGGGAUAUUGCGGCGGCGAAUGACUGGUUAAUAUUUGAUAUCACAGCUCUUGCAUUUCGUAUAUGUGUUAUCCUAUGCCGUGAAACUGCUGCACUAGGCCCUUGAUAUUGAUACUUGGGUUGAUAUCAUGAUACAAAAAUUCCUUUCCUCUUUCCGAACAUAUCAUUCAUACCUCGGUUACCUGAACUCUAAACUCUACUCACGACGGUGUUGCCAAAUGUUCAGCUUCGCGAUACUGGAAGGAGAGUUUAGAAUGAGUUGGGUUGUGAAUAUACAGUUUUCUUACGUCUGGUUCUCCUAGAGCUUACAAGCUCCCCAUGCAGACAAUACAAGAUGAC